AAAUCUCAAAACUCUUAUAAUAGAUGAAGCUGAUCGUAUAUUAGAGAUUGGAUUUGAAAAUGAAAUGACACAGAUUAUAAAGAUUCUCCCGAAAGUUGAAGAUCUAGCACGAAUAUCCUUGAGGCCAGGGCCAUUAUAUAUAAAUGUUGACAGAGAAAAGGAGACAUCUACCGUAGAUGGUCUUGUUCAAGGCUAUAUUGUUUGCGACAGGUUGGACAUCCCUGCGGUUGACUAUAUCAUUCAGUAUGAUCCACCGGAUGAUCCACGUGACUAUAUACAUCGGGUUGGAAGGACAGCUCGUGCCGGUUGUCAAGGAAAGAGCCUACUGUUUUUAUUACCAAGUGAGCUUGGAUUUUUACGGUAUCUUAAACAUGCCAAAGUUCCAUUGAACGAAUUUCAAUUCCAAGACAAUAAAGUAUUUAAUGUUCAAUCUCAGUUGGAAAAACUUAUCGAAAAGAAUUAUUAUUUGCAUCAAUCAGCACGCGAUGGAUUCCGAUCUUAUUUGACCGCUUAUGCUUCUUAUUCACUUAAAUCGAUUUUUGAUAUAAAUAAGUUGGACCUUCAAAAGGUCGGGAAAGCAUUUGGGUUUCAAAUACCCCCAAGAGUGAAUAUUAAUAUUGGUGCUAACCCAAAAGAACCUAAAAAACGACGUAUUGGAUCCAGUAAUGGACAUAGUAAAAACUCGGAUAUCAAAGCGCAUUUUGUAAAGCAAAGAAAUAGCGCACUGAAAAAUGGUGAUAAACAAUGGA